AUGCUCCGGUCUCUCCUCUGGCGCCAGUCCACCACGGACUAUCUCUUCCCCACCGUUGACCCUGGCCAAGACGGUCCCGACUGCAAGUCUGACUGCGCCGACUGCACCGUGCAUUUCCCGUCCAAAGUCAAGAUCGAAACCUCCCGGCCACUGUACGGACAUAUCAAGCAAUUUAGCACGCAUGUGCUCGUCGCGACGGGUCGGUCAGAUUGGACCGAAAAGGUCGAGCAAGAGAAAGGCAGCCUAAUGGAGGCCUUUGACAGCUCGUCUGCCAAGUCUAAACAAGGGCGGCUCAUGGUCUCCGCUUCGAACCUUAACCCCCCUGAGAGUGACUCGGAAAAGCAAACCGGAACCACGGUCCUGCUCUUACCGUCUUUUACCUUUGUUGAUGGAGUCAGCCCGGGCGACGUCCGGGAACUCAUCGACUGUUUCAUAGACGCCCCGACGGACCAGCCCGCCACGUCGCGACUGACGUCCCGGCCUUGCGAAUAUGACUAUGUGAUACUGCUAUGCUCCCACAAACGACGCGAUGCACGCUGUGGAAUUACGGCUCCGUUAAUCAAGAAAGAAUUAGAGCGACACCUCCGACCUCGGGGUCUGUACCGCGACACUGACGACGAGCGUCCUGGUGGAGCCGGGAUCUUCUAUGUCUCACAUGUCGGGGGCCACAAGUUUGCCGCUAACGUUCUUGUCUACCGGCGGAAAGAACAGCAGAUGAUUUGGUUGGCGCGAGUGAAGCCCGAGCACUGCCAGGGACUGGUCGAGUACACUUUGCUUCAGGGCAAGGUAGUGCACCCGGAGACCCAGUUACGGGGCGGAUUUGACCGACUACGCGGGCUGACGAGUUGGUGA